AUGAUGAAUUUCGAUAAUCUCUUUCGAUGUUUUAUAUUAACUCAAUCAUUUGUAUGUGGUUGGAGAAAUCCGUUUCAUUUACAAGAAAUUUUUACCUAUCGACGUGGAAAAAUUGAUAAACAAAAAGGUAAUCAAAAUUAUAUAAAUGCUCGAUUUCGUUCACCACUUGUCAAUUAUUUACCACAUUUGGUUCCAUCUCAAGUAGCCACAGCUCAUUUUCAACUUGUUCUAUCACAUGAUCAUCCUUUUGGUAUUGAUUCAAUUCCAAUAGGAAUUUGUUAUGCUGGAACAGGUGACCAUAGUUUUAGUCGACGAAGGUUAUUUACUGCAGUUCCAUUAAUUAAUCAAUAUCGUAUAGGUUCAAUUCUUCUUGAAAAUCCAUAUUAUGGUUUAAGAAAACUACCAGAUCAAUCUCGUUCAUCAUUAUUGUAUAUUACCGAUUUAUAUAUUAUGGGUAAAACACUUGUCUUACUUCAUUGGUGUCAAAAAAUGAAAUUAACAUCAGCUAUUCUACAUGGUUUUUCUCUUGGUGGACAUAUGGCUUCAUUAGCAUUUACAAAGUAA